AUGGUGGAUACAGACGCUUAUUUUAUCAAUUUUGAUGUAAUUGAAGAAGUUAAUGGGAAAUCGUUCAAAUUUUACCACUUUCAUAAAGAAGGCAUCGGUUGGACAUUAUCAGAUUUAGAUGCUGCACACGCUAAAUUCUUAGGACUAGCAUUACAUCAUUUAGAUUCUGAAAAGGAUUGGAAAACUCGCUUGAUUUAUGUAUUUAAGUUGAUCAGACAAAUUCCUUAUGCAACAAGUGAAGAACAAAUAUAUGAUCCUUGA